UUAGGCCAUGACGAAUGUUGCAACUGUUGUUGCUGUUGUAUACCACAGCCCACAUGUUACAAAUAUAUUCAGCCGGAGAUAUCAAAAUCUUUUGCACCCAUUUAUUAUUAUUCAAAAUCGGAAAUACCGAUGGAAAAAAAUACAACAUAUCGACUCUCUUAUUGGGAGGGCCCCGGUACUUCAGUGGAACCAAUCCGCCCCAAGGACAACCUCACAUGCAGCGAAGGACCAAUAUCUGACGAAACGACGCAUAAAAUGAGCUAUUUUGGGAAUUGGUGCAUGAAAACAGAAACGCCGAUAACACCCUGCGAGAGACACUUGCUAGGUAGAGGUCCGAUGGAAGAUAUCACGACAACGAAACACGAUUAUUCGUGGAAAUAUAUAGAUCGCGUUCAACCGAGCAAAAUAGAGGAUAAUUUGUGUUGUCCUUGUGCUGCGUUGUCUGAUGAUACGACGUACCGCUUGAGCUACUACAAUUCUUCCUGUUUGCUUCCGACACCUUCUUAUGCGCCCGUUCAUAAAUAUGUUAAAUCGGAGAUACCAAUGGAAGAUUAUACGACAUACAAGCUUAGUUAUUGGCCAAACGAGGUCAAUUUGAUGCCUGUAAAAGAGGAACAACCAAGAAGAGAAUACUGUCGCCCGGUGACGCCGAUGGACGGAUGCACGACUUACAAACUGAGUUACUGGCCCCAUUGCGGUGAAAAGCCCCCCGAACCUAUCGUUCUACCAGAGAACGAAAACUUAUUGAAUGCCGGUUGCUGCUUCGAUGACAAUACCACAUAUCGACUUAGCUAUUUCGGGUGUGGCGGUGACAAGCCGCCAGAUCCCAUUCGCCAGUCUGGCAAUAUAAUUUGUUCACCGUGUCCGAUCUCUCACGACACCGUUAAUCGACUGAGUUUCCUGGGCAAUUGGUGCUUCAAACAGGAAACGCCUAUUACGCCUUGCGAUAGGGACUUGUUAGGCAGAGGCCCGAUGCAAGACGAAACUACUCAGAAGCACGAUUACACCUGGAAGCAGGUGAUGCCGCCGGCAGAGAUUCGACAAGAAAACAAUCUUACUGUCUCGCCUUCGCCGUUAGAGUCCUGCACAACCCAUAGAUUAUCUUACAUACCGAACGAUCUUGAAUGUCUGCUGCCUAAUAAAUCGUACGCACCCAUAUGUAAGUAUCAGCACUCUGAUGUCCCAAUGGAAUCCGACACUACGAUGCGAUUGAGUUACCAACCCGUGGAACCAACUCAAAUCGAGAAAUCAUGGCCUGUGGCUACUUAUUAUCCACCCGUUAAUCCUAUGGAGGAUAAUACCACGUACAAUCUAAGCUACAUUCCGCCUGGAACUCUCGUUCCACUGUCAUCCUGUUCCACCUCUUGUCCCCCUGUUAAAGGAUACGAAAUGUCCUCGCAACAACCUUGUCCCGUAUCGUAAAUAGAGAGAGAUGAGUUUCGUGCAAAUGUAUGUGUCUCCGAUAUAUCCUGAUCAUGUAUGUGUCGUGAUAAUAAAAUGUCCUUGUGUACAACGACUUUGAUGCUGUAUUAAGUUAAAUAAAAUUCAGCAGUUUUUAC